AUAUUGUUAAAACUUGUAAACACAGUGUAGUUGUAAAAAUAUAUUGGAAAAACUUCUAAAUAAUUCAUUAUUAUCUGUACUAAUUCAAACAAAAAAUAUAUUUCAUGGCAUGAGGUGACACAUGACAUUUGUCCACAUCGAGUUAAAAACGGAACUAUUGCGAGUGAUAUUUAAAAAAAUGGCUACUCCAACUUUGAGGGAAAAGUUAAUGAAGAAUCUGGUAGCCUUUUCGGUGAGAAAUUUACGGAACAGUAAUUUAAGAGCGUUUUCUGUCACUUCUUCUUCUGCUGCAACAAAAUCAAUAAGUGUUCGAGAUGCCCUCAACAUGGCCAUGGAUGAAGAGUUAGAAAGAGAUGAAAAAGUUAUUUUGAUUGGUGAAGAAGUAGCUCAAUAUGACGGUGCCUAUAAAGUCAGCAAAGGACUAUGGAAAAAGUAUGGAGAUAAACGUAUAAUUGACACACCUAUUACUGAGAUGGGAUUUGCAGGUAUAGCUACUGGCGCUGCUAUGGCUGGUUUAAGACCAAUAUGUGAGUUUAUGACUUUCAAUUUUGCAAUGCAAGCAAUUGAUCAGAUAAUUAAUUCUGCAGCAAAGACUUUCUAUAUGAGUGCUGGAACUGUAAAAGUUCCUGUUGUGUUUCGUGGACCAAAUGGUGCUGCUGCAGGAGUUGCUGCUCAGCAUUCACAGUGUUAUGCUGCAUGGUAUGGACAUGUACCUGGAUUGAAGGUUAUUUCUCCUUGGUCAGCAGAAGAUGCCAAAGGCCUUCUUAAAUCUGCCAUUAGAGACAAUGAUCCAGUUGUGUUUCUUGAAAAUGAAAUAAUGUAUGGUAAAAUUUUUGAUGUCGAUGAAGAAAAAUUAAGUCCAGAUUAUCUCAUACCUAUUGGUAAAGCAAAGAUAGAAAGAGAAGGAUCGGAUGUUACCAUAGUUGCACAUUCUCUGGGUGUCCAAAAAGCAAUGGAAGGAGCUGAAGAAUUGGCUAAAGAAGGAAUUCAAUGUGAGAUAGUUAACUUGCGCACUAUUCGACCUCUCGAUAUUGAUACUGUUAUAAAGUCUGUAAAAAAGACUCACCGUUUGAUAACAGUUGAAGGAGGUUUUCCACAUUUUGGAGUAGGUGCUGAGAUAUGUGCUCAAGUGAUGGAAACUGAAGCAUUUGAUUAUCUUGAUUCGCCUGUAUAUAGAGUGACCGGUGCCGAUAUUCCCACACCAUACGCUGCUAACCUCGAAGUUAAUUCACUUCCUCAAUCUCACAACGUUGUAAGGACGGUUAAAAAAGUACUUGGUGUCGAAUAACAACAAUUUUAAUAGCAAAUUUAGUAAUAAUAAUAGCAAAAUUAACGUACACGUC